GUUGUGGCAAGCUUGUGACGUCAUAGUUUUGACGUCUCGCUACACAUGACGUCAUACUAACAGUUCCAUCUCCAUGGAAGUGUAGAAAAGGAUGCCUGUGAACUUCUUCUAUGUCCAUCUGUAAUGACUGCAUGCCGAAGACGUUUUAAGACGCGCUUUGACUGGACUACAUGGGAGACAAGGACGAGGUGUCGGAUAGCCAUGAUGACCAGCUGCACGAGGUCCCCGCGCUUGUUAUGGACUUCGUGGACAUGGUCAUUGGGGAGGAAAACCCAACCCCCCUAGACCAACCACAAGGUGCACCUGUCACACCAGUAACAAACAACGCUGAAGACGCAGGCGCUGGGUCUGUGACUUCCGGCACGCUCGUCCGCGACUAUCAUCAUCAAACCUUGAUUCCCACGACUGAAUGUGAUACCGAAUCCGAGGAUGCGAAGGAAUCGUUCUCUGAGACAUGCCAAUCUAUAUUUGGCUGUGGACCUUCCACCCUCCCUGGAUCGCACGCCGGCACUCCUUCCUCUAUCCCUGAAUCGCAAGAAGACAGCCCUUCCUCUACCCCCGGAUCGCACGCCGACACUCCUUCCUCUAUCCCUGAAUCGCAAGACGACAGACCUUCCUCUUCCCCAGGAUCGCACGCCGAUACUCCUUCCUCUAUCCCUGAAUCGCAAGACGACAGACCUUCCUCUUCCCCAGGAUCGCACGCCGACACUCCUUCCUCUAUCCCUGAAUCGCAAGACGACAGACCUUCCUCUACCCCCGGAUCGCACGCCGACACUCCUUCCUCUAUCCCUGAAUCGCAAGACGACAGACCUUCCUCUCCCCUCGGAUCGCACUCUAACAGGCCUUGCUAUGUCCCCGGAUCGCACGCCGACAAUCCUUUUUAUCUCCCCGGACCGCACGACGACAGGCCUUACUCUCUUCCUGGUUCCCGCUCCGACAGUUCUUCCACUAGCUACUCCUCGCCCGCUUCUGCCUCCUCUUGGUCAUAUGGGUCCAGUUCCUCCGGCUGCAGUCUGGCGUCUGGUGUCUCCAACAUCAACCAAUCGGACGUCUCCCAACGCAACCAAAGCACCUCCAGUGACAGUUUCAGUGGAUCCGAUGAACCUGUGCCUCGAUAUACGGCAGAUACGAUUCAAUACCAGGGUAUAGCUGAUAAACAAUCCAACUGGAAAGUUAAUCGGUGCGAGAAAGAACCAGUUUGGAAUUACUUUGAACAAAAAGUACACUGCACAGCGUUUGUGUCCCCUAAGAAGGAAACCAAUAAAUAUCCUACGAAAACGGAUGCCAAGCCCUGUGCCGCCUUUAACCAUAUCAGUUACUCCACAGAAGAUGGUGUUUCGCAUUUGAAAUCCCCUAUAUAUCGUAAAGAUGUUCGCCCCAAGAUAAGAACGGCAGGUUUACGCGGCAGUGGUAACGGAUCGCAAGAUGUGCGUUCCUCGCCUACUGACAACGAAGACGUGAGACUUGCGUCCUCUGAAAAUGAACAAGAGAUGCGACUCUUGUAUGAAUCUGAUCCUCCAGUUUAUUCUGAAAGGGGAAACGAAUGUAUUUUCAAGAUGGAAGUUGUAUCCGAAGAAUACAAUUCAGGACAGGAAGUGAAAAGCGAUAUUGAUAAAAAAGAAAUUUCAAGCACUAUAAAAGAAAACGAUCAGCGUACAUCACCGAAAAGUUCAAGGGGGACAACAAGUGAUCAAGCAAAAUAUUUCAAAAGAAACUUUCCAAUUCCAACAAUGACCAGAAGAAACAAUAGCUCACCCGGAGUAUUUGUGUCUCCCGUCAGCUUUGGUAAAAGACGCACCAAACGGCUGAGCGGGGAGCUUACUGGUUCGGACAACGCUAUUGGUGUUCUCUGUAUGUCCCCGAAGAAGGCGAAAACAGACACACCAGCCACGAGCUGUGUCAGAAAGAGGCUGGGGAAAUGGUUGAAAUGAGUACUUGUAGAGCAAUAUUCUAUAUUUGCCCAGGAAAGUACAAAAAGUACAUACAUAUUAGUAUUUACAUGCUCUUUUUACAAGAUGGUUUUAAAGAUACGGGAAAGAUUGUAGCCACGAUGUUUAAAAACUGUAUGAAAACCGACAUAUCGUCCACAAGAUGGGUGAUACCGCCAAGCAAUGUCACAAUCUUUACUUCAUUUUCAACAGUCUUCUAAUUUUAGUACUGGUUUAAUGGCAGGGGGUCAAGACUGACACUCCCGCCAUGAGCUGUAUUAGAAAAAGGCUAGGAAAGUGGUUGGAAUCAGUGUCUGUACAGCAAUUAAUGAUGUGUGGGACAGCGAGACAGUGGUCCCGACUGGGAUGAAUCCAUGUGAUGAGAUUAAAAUGUUUGCCAAUGUA